AGGGUCUUCCUUUCUUUGAUUCCCCUCCGAAAUGGUCGCUACGGCCGGAGCUACGCCGAUCCGAAGCCAGGAGCCAGGUGCUUCCUCCCAGCCUCCCAAGUGGGUGCAGGCGCCCAAGCACCUGGACCAUCCUCCACUGCCUUCCUGGGCCACAGCAGAGAGCUGGACUGGAAGAGGAACAGCCGGGACUAGAACCUGGCGCCCAUAUGUGAUGCUGGCGCCGCAGGUGGAGGAUUAGCCAAGUGAGCCACGGCGCUGGCCCCUGGAAAAUCACUUUUUAAAAUGAUGAAUUCUAAUGAAUCAUUGAUUGACCAGCACCAUAUUGCCAGUUGGAAUGAGUUAUCAGAAAUGGGCAUAUUGCUUUUAGAUCCAACAUGUAACAGAUGGAUGUUACUCCAUACUGAUUACUUCUUCCAGCCAACACCUUUUUGACUGUAUAAGAUCCUUGUCUCUACAUCUUUGAAUUCCGAUCACUGGCAAAUAAAAUAAAGGAGUUCAUGUAGUUUUUCUCCACUCUUGAAUCACCAUGAGUAGUAGUUUAGGAAAAGAAAAAGACUCUAAAGACAAAGAUCCCAAAGUACCAUCAGCUAAGGAAAGAGAAAAGGAGGCAAAAGCCUCUGGAGGUUUUGGGAAAGAGAGCAAAGAAAAAGAACCUAAGACCAAAGGGAAAGAUGCCAAAGAAGGAAAGAAGGACUCCAGUGCUGCCCAACCAGGGGUGGCCUUUUCAGUUGACAAUACGAUCAAACGGCCAAACCCAGCACCUGGGACUAGAAAAAAAUCUAGUAAUGCAGAGGUGAUUAAAGAGCUCAACAAAUGUCGGGAAGAGAAUUCAAUGCGUUUGGACUUAUCCAAGAGGUCUAUACAUAUAUUGCCAUCAUCAAUCAAAGAAUUGACUCAAUUAACAGAACUUUAUUUAUACAGUAACAAAUUACAGUCCCUCCCAGCGGAGGUAGGCUGUCUAGUAAAUCUCAUGACACUGGCUCUAAGUGAAAAUUCUCUUACCAGCCUGCCUGACUCUCUUGAUAACUUGAAGAAGCUGCGAAUGCUUGAUUUACGACAUAACAAACUAAGAGAAAUUCCUUCAGUGGUGUAUAGGUUGGAUUCUCUCACCACUCUAUAUCUUCGCUUUAAUCGUAUAACUACUGUGGAAAAGGACAUCAAAAACCUGUCAAAACUAAGCAUGCUUAGUAUUCGAGAGAACAAAAUCAAACAACUACCUGCUGAAAUUGGUGAAUUAUGUAACCUCAUUACCCUGGAUGUAGCCCACAAUCAACUUGAACACCUUCCAAAGGAGAUUGGAAACUGCACGCAGAUAACCAACCUUGACUUGCAGCACAAUGAACUGCUAGACCUCCCAGAUACUAUAGGAAACCUGUCCAGUUUAAGUCGUCUUGGUCUAAGAUAUAAUAGACUAUCAGCAAUACCCAGAUCAUUAGCAAAAUGCAGUGCACUGGAAGAAUUAAAUUUAGAGAACAAUAACAUUUCUACUUUACCAGAGAGUCUUUUAUCUAGUCUUGUGAAACUGAAUAGUUUGACUUUAGCUAGAAAUUGCUUCCAGUUAUAUCCAGUAGGUGGUCCAUCUCAAUUUUCCACCAUCUAUUCUCUUAACAUGGAACACAAUCGAAUCAAUAAAAUCCCAUUUGGGAUUUUCUCCAGAGCAAAAGUAUUAAGUAAGCUGAACAUGAAGGACAAUCAGUUAACAUCUCUUCCCUUGGAUUUUGGAACUUGGACUAGUAUGGUAGAGUUGAAUUUAGCUACUAAUCAGCUCACAAAGAUCCCUGAAGAUGUGUCUGGUCUUGUUUCUCUAGAGGUUCUAAUAUUAUCAAACAAUCUUCUCAAGAAGCUUCCCCAUGGUCUUGGAAAUCUUAGGAAGUUAAGAGAGUUGGAUCUAGAGGAGAAUAAAUUGGAAUCCUUGCCAAAUGAAAUUGCUUAUCUUAAGGAUUUACAGAAAUUAGUCUUGACAAACAACCAGUUGACCACUCUUCCCAGAGGCAUUGGUCACCUUACCAAUCUCACACAUCUAGGCCUUGGAGAGAACCUACUUACUCAUCUUCCUGAAGAAAUUGGUACACUGGAGAACCUAGAAGAACUGUAUUUGAAUGACAACCCCCACCUGCAUAGCCUUCCCUUUGAACUGGCUCUCUGCAGCAAGCUUUCAAUCAUGAGUAUUGAGAACUGUCCACUCAGUCACCUUCCACCUCAGAUUGUUGCUGGGGGGCCUUCUUUCAUCAUUCAGUUCCUAAAGAUGCAGGGUCCAUAUCGUGCCAUGGUCUGAUACAAACCUGCUGGUCCCACACACUGUUCAAAAAUAGACUGCCAUUAAUGUUUCAUAUCUAUAUCUGUAUCUAUUUAUGUAGAUAUUGAUAUAUAUGGCAGAUUUAAAAGACUGCAUUAUGUGUUUCUGCUAAUAGAGGAAUCAUAGCCAUUUAGAUUUUUUUUAAUUCUGUACAAAAGGCUUAAAUAAGAUUUCUUUGCUGAAUUUGAUGGAUGUUUUUCUGUUGUGUAAUCUGAUAUGCCAAUUUGUGUAAAACAUUUGCCAACAAAUUAUGAAGUUACUAAAUUUAAGGGACUGAGGCAGUAUAGUUAGGUAUACUUUCUCGUAGGAAGCAGAUAUUGGGCAAAAAAUUUUGUUGCAACUUUUCAUAUACAUUUUCCCCUUUCCAAUUGUCAGAUAUUUAUAGGCCCAGAAGGUAGAAUUUUUCUUUUAACUUAUUUUGAGAUUUGAGAUUUAAAUUUUAUAUAUUGUUUACAGUCAGAGUAAAUCACUGGAUUUUUUUUCCCCUUUGGAUUUGAUUUGCUCUGUUUUGAUCAGAUCUAGACUUUAUAUCCUUAGCUAAAGAGUUUGCAUCAGCUCAUUUAAAUAUUAAAAGAUAUUGCUUGAGACAGCUGGCAAAGUGAAAAGAUACUGGUGAAAGUCUAGAAUUCCUUUAAUUGUUGUUCUUUGAUGAGUUGUGAAGCAAAGCAUCUGAAAUGAGUCCUUGGAUAGGGGGAGGAUGUUGAGACCUUUUAUAGUAUUAAUAUCUUUUCUGAAGUUGGGGGCAACAGAAACAUGUAAUGAAAAUGAGUUUUGUCAUUCCUGAAAAUUGCAGAUCCAUGAAAACUAGCAGAAUCAUUUGGUAAAAAAGUAAAUAAAUUACCCAUAAACACACAUUCUAUAUAUGUAUAUACAAUGCUAUAUAGAUAUGUAUUUAUUAUCAUAAACUACAAUAGGUAACUUUAAGGAUUUCUCCCUAUCCUUGUACAAUGAAAUGAAUGUCUUUCUUUGAAAACUGCAAUAUAUGUACGUUUCCAGGUUAUUUAACAGUGUACUAUGGUUUUAUAUCUUGACUUGCCUGGUACAUCUUUCAGUUCUGGAAUAUUUGUGUCUAAGCACAAUAUCUUCACACUGUGCUAUAUUGCUGCUGAACUAAAUGCACUUUUCCCCACAUCUGGGGCACUCGCUUCAAACAAUUCAGUUCAGUACUGUUACCUUUAAUUUCACCUUUUCUUUCUUGGUAGUUGGUAGUACAAUUAUGGAAAAGAAGCACAUUACAUAGAAGCCAUUGGUAGUUCAGUGGAGGUUCUUGUAAGAUGUGCUAUUUGAUGUAUUUUUUUGCUUUACUGCUUUUUAAAACCAGCAGUAUUGUAAAUGUGUGCCCCUUAUGUAGUCCUUUUACUUUUCGUAAUGCUGGUCUAAGUCCGUUUAAUUGUUAGAGACUCACAGAGCAAGUGCAUUGUAGAUAUCCUAAAACACACUUCCCAUAUAAUGACUAACUAUUACAUGUAAUUACAUAAUGCUGCUUAUUUUUUUUUUUCAUUUAGUUGGGCAUUGUGUUUUAAACAUAGCCAUUUCUUUUUUUGAAUUAAAAGUAUAUUAUUGAGAUAGCAAUUUAGACUGUUUUACUUUUCCUGGCUCUCAAAUUCAGGACUAGGUUUGAGGUCAAACUUUUGUUCAUAAUUGGCAAUUUUAUAAGAAGCAACUAAGAAAUGGAAGGCAGGUGAAGAUAUAAAACCCUAGAAUGCUUAAAUGUGCUGUAAAACUAUUGUAGAUGUCACUGGAUUUUACCAAGUAUUAUCCGUUCUUUUUUCCAUCUACUGUGGCUUUUCAGUUAAAAUUUUGUUUAUAAAAGGAAUUUAUUACAGCUCUACCUAGA